AAGAGCACAAAGCACAGUCAAUCACAUCAGGCAACUCAUGUGCUCCAAGUUCCGCCUUUGAGUCUUUGACUCUCUGCUAGGCCAGAAACUUGCUUUCUUGCUGGUCAGCUAUUAUCCAAAACAAUUUUAAAAAUAUAAUUUUGAGCAAUAACUAGGUAUUAACUGUUUGGAUGUUUCCUAGGAACGGGUUAACUGGGUUCUUGUAUAAACCUCCUGGCGCAUCAAUUUGAUUCACCAACUCAGCGCCAACUGUUUUCCCUUGCCUCUAUUUUUGAUUGGAUUAGAUCAUGGGCAAUAUAUUCUGUUGCGUACAAGUCGAUCAAUCCACAGUUGCUAUUAAGGAGAAAUUUGGCAAAUUUGAGGAUGUGCUUGAGCCAGGAUGCCAUUGCCUACCUUGGCCCCUGGGAAGCCAGCUGGCUGGUCAUCUCUCCCUUCGGGUGCAGCAGUUAGAUGUUCGUUGUGAGACCAAGACAAAGGACAAUGUAUUUGUCAAUGUCGUAGCAUCGAUCCAGUACCGUGCCCUUGCUGACAAGGCAAGUGAUGCUUUCUACAAACUCACCAACACAAAAAGCCAAAUCCAAUCCUAUGUUUUUGAUGUAAUUAGGGCAAGUGUUCCGAAGCUCAAUUUGGAUGACGUUUUUGAGCAGAAAAAUGACAUUGCCAAAGCGGUUGAAGAUGAACUUGAGAAGGCAAUGUCUGCAUAUGGAUAUGAGAUUGUCCAGACACUGAUUGUUGAUAUAGAACCAGAUGAGCAUGUCAAGCGGGCAAUGAACGAAAUUAAUGCUGCUGCAAGGAUGAGGUUGGCAGCUAAUGAGAAGGCAGAGGCUGAGAAGAUUCUACAAAUCAAGCGUGCUGAAGGUGAGGCUGAGUCAAAGUACCUUUCAGGGUUGGGUAUUGCUCGCCAACGUCAAGCUAUAGUGGACGGUUUGAGAGACAGUGUGCUAGGCUUCUCGGUCAAUGUUCCAGGAACAACUGCAAAGGAUGUCAUGGACAUGGUCCUAGUCACCCAGUACUUUGACACUAUGAAGGAAAUUGGUGCUGCUUCCAAGUCCUCUGCUAUUUUCAUACCCCAUGGACCCGGUGCAGUUCGUGAGGUGGCCAAUCAGAUCCGCGAUGGACUUCUUCAAACUUCUCAGCCCUCAUUUUCUUAGUCUGCAAAAGCCUUCUAAGAGAAGUUGGGUUCAAGAAAAGGAUUUGUUUGUCAAGUCGUUGGACUUGUUUCUGCUUUGAUUUCAGGUGAUGAUCAUAUGUUCAUGUCCAUAACUGUAGAUAAGACCUUAAAAGGUUGUCAAGAGUGCUAAAUGGCAACGUUGCUUAUUUUUAUUUUCAUUUUUUCUGCUUCUGCUUCACUGCAAAUGUAGUGCAUUUUAUGUUAUUGCUGUUGUAUUUGUCUUUGUCAAAGGAAACUCUCUUUGAAGCACCAGUUGCUAUUGCCUUAUAGGCACUGUCGUCAAAAACAUGAAAUUUCUCUCU